AAUAGCAGGAUUGAAGAUUUGAAGUUGAUUGAUAUUAUUUGUAUGAAAAAAAGAAGAGACAGAAAAGAAAUAAUAAAGGCGGGGAAGAGAAAGAUGAUGUAUUCAACAUCCUCUGUCCGCAGUCUAUGACCUAACUCCGUCAUAACGAUUGAAGCUCAACUCUUCAAGCCUUAAACAGAGACUCCACGCCGUUACCCAAAAUACCGUAACACUCAGAAGACGAAGACGAAGCCGAAAAUGACUAAUUGCAAAUGAUUUCCAUUUUUUUCUCCGAAACUACAACCUUUGAUUUGAAGAGUUAUCAUGGGAUCGGCUUGUUGUGUUGCUGCGAAGGAUCAUACUAUUCCCAACAGAGCUGGAGGUGAAGGCUUACAUAGAAAUGCCGUAUGCUCACCAUCAUGGAGUUUCCGAUGGGAUAGUUGGGGCCGUGUUGCUGGUGAAAUUGAGGAUCCUUCCUCUCAUGCAUCUCACAGAAUCAGCAGAAAUGUCAGCAUGGAGUUAAAAUUAAGUUCUGAAAGAGGCACUCUAUCUGAUGGGGGGAGUACCCUGGAGAAUUCUGUAACACCAAUGUCUCAGAAGUCCCCUGUUCGUGAGCAUUUGGUUACAAGUCUGAUGACUCCCUCUUCUGAUCUAUCCUUGUCAAGUAAUUGCUCUGCAGUGGUGAAGACUCUGAUUGAAUCAUCAGAGAUUGCCGAGUCUUCAAUUCCAAAUCUUUCAUUUUCAAUACCUUCAGUUUUCUCAACACCUACAACAGAUCCAAUGCCUAAUCAUAAUUAUCACAAUCUUCCUAACUCAACACCAUCCAGAUGGGCUCAUCGCUCUCCAGGACACCCGCUGUUGCGACAAAUUUCUGAUAGUCGGAUUCUGGGUUUGAAAUCACCUGACAACUCAAUGUCUGAAGGAAGGCCAUCGUUUGUACUCUCCAAUUGCAGCAAUGAUAUAGCUACAGGAUCCCAAUGUGGGUCAUCUGAUGGCUGGUCUAUGCGGACCUUUUCUGAGCUGGUGGCUUCAUCGCAAAAGGAAAGGUGGUCUUUUGACAGUGAGUAUUUAGGUUCAGGUCGUCACAAGAUAAGUGGAACUAGUGGCAGGUUUUCGUAUUCUCCCUCCAUGGAUUUGCAAUCUUGUGGGGCUUGCUCCAAGCUCUUGACUGAGAGAUCUGCGUGGAGCAGCCAGAAAUUUAUUGCCAGCAGUGACCUCUCAGUUGUUGCUGUACUGGUUUGUGGUCACGUGUAUCAUGCAGAAUGCUUGGAAACUAUGACAUCAGAGGCAGAUAGUUAUGAUCCAGCUUGUCCUAUUUGUAUGGUUGGAGAGAAGCAAUUAUCAAAGUUAUCCAAAAAAGGUCCUAGAACUGAAUCAGAGAUUAGGGCCAAGAACUACAAGAUAUCAAGAAACCGAGUAGUUGACAGCUACCUAGAUAGUGGGUUAGAUGUUUUUGAUCGCCAAAAAGAUAUAGUUUCAAAAAUGGAGCCAAGCUCCAGUACGAGGAAGAGUUCAUUUGGAAAGCCCUUCUUGAGGCGGCAUUUUUCAUUGGGAACCAAGUGGAGCCGUUCCCUAUCUGUGAAUGAUUCUGCCAGGAAGAAGGGCUUUUGGGCGAGAUAUCGUAAAGAUUGAGCUCUCCUACCCAUAGCUGUUAGUCUCAUCAGCUCUUUAGUUAUACAAGUAACAUCAAGAAGUUAGUUUAAUAUUUUGUAUGCAGGCUAGCUUUACUAAUAAUUCUAUUUUAGAUUUAUUUUAAAUUGUUGACUUGUCGCCAGAUGUUCUCACCAUGUUAACGGAGUUCAUAUUAAUUGUAUGAAUGAAGCGUCUUUCG